AUGGCCGCCCAGAGAACCACCAGUGUGGCUCCGUUCAAGCCACGGUUCAUGCCGUUGAUGUUGACAGCAACUCUGGCAGCCGGUGUUGUCUCCAGAUCUUCAUCGCUCAGUACUGCUGCCGCUCUCGUCUUGUUAUAUGCCGUGACCGUUCCCAGCUACGUGAUCUACUGGUCCUGGAUAUAUCCUUACUAUAUCUCACCGCUUCGCCAUGUGCCUACCGUGCCAGGGAAUCCUCUGUACGGCCAGAUGUUUGAGAUCCUGGAGAACGAAGUAGGCGUGUGUCAGCGUGAAUGGCAUAAACGACACGGCCCAAUUGUCCGAUACUUCUUCCCACUGGGUACCGAGCGCUUAUCGAUUGCCGAUGACGAUGCAUUGAAGCAAAUGACUAUCAAGAAUCCAUACAAUUACCCGAAACCCCUUGGCGCACGCAAAUGGAUGACUCGUAUCUUGGGAGAAGGUAUUCUCCUAGCCGAAGGCAAUGCACAUGUUCAUCAGCGCAAAGCCCUAACCCCAGGCUUCUCCAUCGGUUCAAUCCGGACUCUGGCCCCCAUUUUCUGGCGCAAAUCCUUCCUUAUGGCAAAGCUCUGGGAUCAAGAAAUCGGCCGGUCUAAAGACAAGAAGACAGGAACAUUUGAAGUUCUGGAAUGGCUUAACCGGACAACACUCGAUAUUAUCUGCGAAGCUGGCUUUGGCACCGAGGUUAAUUCACUCGAGAACCCCGAGACCCCUCUGCGGGAGGCUUAUCGCAAAGUCUUUGUCUUUGAUACUUUGUCUCGGUUAAUGCAUGGUCUUCAGACCCUCUUUCCAUUGACCAAGUACAUCCCUGCUAAGAUGAAUCGGGACAUGGAAGCUUCACGCGGAAUUAUUCUUGGUUCUGCCACCAAGAUCAUCAAGGAGAAGCAAGCCACGGCUAAUCCUGCGGACAAGGAUAUCCUCUCUCUUUUGGUCCGUGAUAAUCUCAAGUUGCAAGCUGCGGGUGAAGCGGGUUUAAGCUUCGAAACUAUGCGCGACCAGGUCAUGACGUUCCUUGGUGCCGGCCACGACACUACCGCUACUGGCGUUACCUGGACGUUGCACCUUCUUUCAAAGCAUUUAGGGGUGCAAUGCAAACUGCGCGAAGAGAUUCGCAAACACUAUCCUUUCCUCUUUGAUCGCGAAAGGCGCGAAAACUUUGAUAUCUCCACCAUUGAUCCCGAUCACCUGCCGUAUCUCGACAACGUAUGUCGCGAGUCACUCCGCUACAUCCCUCCCAUCCCAAUGACUGUCCGGGAACUUGUCGAAGACGACAAACUUGGCGACUACGUAGUCCCUAAGGGCACCACGAUCCUGGUCUACUCCAACGCCAUCAACCGUCUCCCGGAAUACUGGGGGCCAACUGCAGAUGAAUUCGAUCCGGAUCGCUGGGACCGUCUCCCCGACUCCUACACGACCAAUGCAUUCAUGACUUUCCUCCAAGGCCCCCGAGGCUGUAUUGGCCGCAAAUUCGCCGAAACGGAGAUGAAAAUCCUUCUGUGUGUUUUACUGAGUCAGUUCACUUUCGCUCGCGAUGAGUCUGUCCAGGAUCCAGAGGAGCUCAAGAUGUGGAGACUGGUCUUGAGGCCGAGAGAUGGUGUACAGUUGAAGGUCACCAAGCUAAUAUUCCUGUUUCUACUUGUUCUUAAUUUUAAUAUUAUGACUUGA